AUGCAUAUUUUUUCAUAUAUAGAUUUUUACAAUAAGCAUCAAAAUAUUUCAAUCACCGAAGAAUUUGAUGCACCAGGCAUUCCUAUACUAUCAACCGAAGGAUUUUCCAGGAAGAAUUCUAUGAUACAUAAAUAUAUUCAUCAUCUUCAAGGGAGAUAUACUAUUCAAGAAAAGGGUAGUUUUGCUACCAAGAUUGAUAUUCUUAAUUCAAAUUAUUAUAAAAAAGUUCCUAUUGCUCAACAUACUCAUAGUAAACUUGCGGCUCAGAAGAUGGCUUCAAUGGUUAUAGGUAAAAUUGAAAAGGUUGAAAAAGAUAAUAUGUCAGAUAAAUUUUCUUUAAUAACAACGUCUACUGGUAGUCAAAAUUCACCAAUUGGUUAUAAUAAUGAAUUACUUUCUAGUAUAGAGAAUAUUAAAUUUAACCGUUAUAAGCUUACUAGUAAAGCGACGGUUAGUGUAAAUAAGAAAAUUCCUGUAAUGAGAUUUACAUUCACUAAAAUUUAUCAACAUAAAAAUGAAAAUACUGAGAGAUUCUAUCCAGGAAAUUAUGUUGAGUUAUUUGCGAAAGUAAAAGGUCAAAUGGUAACACGAAAAUAUUGUCCACUGGAAGGCACAAUUUCAAAAUCAUUUUCGAUUUAUGUUAAAAUUUAUAAGGAUGGACUUUUAUCUCGGCACUUGAAUAAACAAUUAUUAGGAUAUGAAAUUUUGGUCCGUGGUCCGUUCGACAUUGAAUUAUCACCUUACGUUGGAACAUUACUAUUUACUCCAAAAGGUUCUUUAUUAAAUCCGAAUAGCAUUGAUGGAUGUUGGGAUGAAUUAUACAUGAUUGCUGUUCAAGAUAUCAUUGAUGGCAUAUUACUCGAAGAUUUAGCAGUCACAAGUCGUGGACUAUUUACCGUGACAUAUUGCCUUACAAAUCCACCUGAAGAAUGGAAAGGCUUAAGUGGAAUGAUUGAUUCGAACAUAAUAACAGAAUGGUUAUCUAAAAUGGGGUGUAAAUUAUAUCCAUUUUUAUCUGAACAGCAAAGUUCUCUAAAUGCUGGAAACAUUUUAUUCAGCCAUUCAAUACGUGAUAUCGUAAAUCAUGACUCAUAUAUCAUCAAAGACGAUCAAAAAAAGUCAAUUCAAUCUUUUGUCUCCUCUCUAUCGCAAGUUAAUAAAGAAAUAAGCGAUGACUUUAAUAAUAGUAAAUUCUCAUUACAAAGGAAAGUAUCUAAACAAAAAUCUCAAUCAACGUCAAAUCUUAAUACUCUUACUUCAGCGUUACAAACAGGAGACUUACAAGCAUCCAGUUCACGAUCAUCGUCAAUAAUCACGACUUCUGAGGAUGAAACUGGAUCUAUAAUUAGGCCAAUAAGUCGUUCAAGAGGAAUCAGUCCUAUGUUUGAUAAAAACUCUGGAAGUAUCACUUUGCAUCGAAAAAUUAUUGUUUGUGGGCCAAAUGAAAUGAUAAAGGUUGUAGAAAAUACUUUGUGUAACAUGGGAUACGACGAAAGUGAUAUGAUUUUAUUAUAUAGUUAA